GACAACUUCUGCGAUCGUCUGUACGUCGGCGGAUUCUCGACAAACUUGAGCAGUGACCAAAUUCGAAAUCUAAUUACCUCAUCAGCAGUUCCAUUCGAAGUGACCAUUGAAAUCGUGGAGAAUGGAUCCAGACGACACCGUGGAUUUGCAUUUGUCCAGUGUCGUAAUCCAGCGGAAGCCAAUGUUCUGAUGAGCAAGUUUGCAUCGCUCUUCACUAAAGUCAACUACGCGAAACGGGAACCAAAACCAGCCGAGAAUGUGAUGAGCAAUAUCUCAAACGUCUUCGUUCGUGGAAUCUCUCGCGACAUGACUGACACAGAGCUCUAUCAAGCGUUCGGAGGAGCUGCAGAAGGAGUUGUGCAAUGCCACGUGGCAGAUGGAUACGGUUUUGUGCUUUUUGAUACGAGAGCCAACGCGCAGAAGAAGAUUACUGAAAUGGAUAGGAAAGUUCUGAAUGGAAAAUCGAUAUCUGUCAGCUGGGCUCGUCCGGAUACGAUGGGCCGAAAAAGAAAGAGAACCGAGAAUGAGAGUUUUUUUAUCAGAUCUGUUAGUUUAGAGCUUUUGAAACCCUUCAGUCGAAAAUUUAGAAUUGCAACUACAAAAAUCGAUAUUCUAAAAGCCAAUGAUUUUCGUCCGAUGAAAAGAGGACAGCAUAUGUGGUGUGAUGAUGAUCAGAAGAUGAUAGAUGAGAUGCCUCGUAGAGGAUCAGAUGACGUGGAGAUUGGAGUUGUUGACUUGGUUAGAGGCUCAUUCGAAAAAUGGAGAAGGCCCUUAUCAGCUGAGCAGGAUAGCAAAAAAGAGGUUGCCGUAACAAAACCAUCGUCAAAUAAGGUUGAGAAGAGAGUCGCUGUCAAAUGGGAGCUCCCAUCGGCCGAAUACUAUGCGGUUCGCUAUGAAGAGCACAUUCGUCGGAAUCUGAACACGAGGAAGCCAUGCGGUGAGCUGGAAACUGCUCAGGAGGCGUUGGCUGUUAGGGAGAAGGGAGAGGCAAAUGAUCGAACGGAUCAGGAUUGUCUCACACAACCACAUGAUUUGAAAUCCUCGGUUAGUAAGUUUGAAAAUAACUUUUUAGCAAAUUUCAGAAUAUCUGGACGAAAUUCAGAAAGGGAAUCCCUCCUUUCCGAGGCACCAACUCAACGAGAGAAAUCUCCCGAACGGAAACCAGAGCCAAUUGUGAAGCAAGAAGAGGAGAAAAUCUUAGAGAAAGUUCCAGAAGAACCGAAAAAGGUUGAAGAGGAGCCGAAAAAAGAGGAACCUGUGAAAGUGGAAGAGUCUCCGAAAAUCGGGGAGAAGAAAGAAGAAGUGAAAGUGGUGGAAGAGAAAAAACCGGAGCCACCGGUAGCAGUUGUUCCAGUUGAGGAAAAACUGAAGAAGAGAAUUCAGAUCAAUGUAAAACGUUAUCCGGACACUGGAGAUCUCACUAUUCUAUCCGAGAAAAACGAAAUUGUCACGUUCAGUUGUUCUACAAAGCAUCGGGUUAAAAAAUCAAAGAAAACUGAAAAAUGA